AUGUUGGAUCCAAACACUCCUGUUCAGUCAAUGCGUCUGUUAGUUCGCGCUGCAAAUUUCGCCUCUGCUAGCUUGGAGGGUACUCCAAUGCCAUCAUCAUCAGCGAUUUCUACUCCAACUGUGCCCCCCGUAACCUGGUCAGAAGUGCUUGGAUCAAUGCGCGUAGAUGCUUCACAAUUGACCCAUCCUCACUACCAGCUCUUACAAAUGGAUGGUUUAAUAAAUAAUGAGCUGGAUCUACAGUGUGCAAUGAUCCCGGAGAACAUCGCCAUUGCAAUUUGA